AUGGCCUGCCCUCCGGACCUCCAUUGCCACUACCUCCGCCACCUCCGGGUUCGUACGCACACGGUGUGGGCACAGGCGCACAGUGGCGGGCUGCGGUGCGACGGCAACCUGCGACUACGAGGCGGCGGAUCCCAUAGCGACACCGCCCUCAUACCCUAUAUGGCAGCGACCGGCGAGCGAACUUGGCCCCGGCGCCCUCCACAUUAUGAGAAGCUGCUUACCGCCAUGUUGGUGCAGAUUAAAGAGGUUCUGCUAAUCAAGACAUCAACAGUAGCACAGGUCAUCAUGGACGGAGUAGUUCUGUACUCUCUAACUCUACUGGCACUGACAUUGAAGCAAGGCAACGAGUGUUCAAUUUCUAGAAAGUGCAUAGAUAACGGGAGUGCUUAUGCAGUGGAGUUUGUGUGUGCAACCUUCAUCGUGGGGUUUUGCUAUGGUAUUGUAGGUGUAGAGUUUGAAAUGACAGUAACUUUCAUUGUUCUGUUGGUCUAUGUCUUUGGUGAGGCAACAAUUCUUGGGCACGGCCAUGCACUCAGUGGUUGUGAAGGUAACCCUCAAUUCCAGUUGGAGAUUAGGUUGAAUGGACAUGCCAAGAGGAGGAGAAUUUUUCAUGCGUUGCAGCAAGUAAGAAAAGCUACAAGCAAGAAUACAGAGGUUGUUAUUGGACCCUCAAGAGAAUUUAAAGGUAUAGAAGGGAUGUUAUUGGAUCACUGGAUUGCACAUUAG